ACCGCUCUUCUUCCUCUCCCUCUCCAUGGCGUCGCUAAAAUGGCCUCCAAGACUUAUGAAAACCGUCAUGAAAUCCUACCGCGUUCGAAUACCCAAAUAUGAUAUGCCAAUACGGCUACGUCCUUAUUUCUUUGUCUUUACGUGUAUCAUCAUGGUCGCACUUGCCCUGCUUGGUCUCACCAACUUCUCGAGAGCAUUGCCUUUGAACGAUAAGCUAUUGCAUUUCCUUUGCUUCUGCAUAGCAACAGGCGUUUUCUACUUUAUAUUUGAUGUCGAAGAAGACGCAAGGCGCAUAUGGUUCUGGAGGCAUUCAGGACUCAUUUUCACAGCUGUUGUGUGCUUCUUUUGUGGUGGAGUCCUUAGUGAAGUCGUCCAAUCUCUGCUACCCUACAAGGAGUUCCAGCUUGGAGAUGUUGUUGCGAAUUUACUCGGUUCUUCCCUCGGACUCUUGUCCGCGUACUAUAUGGAAAAGUAUUACCGCCAUCGAAGAGAGAUCGCCCGUUUGUAUCGUCCUCUCGACACGGAACCUCUAUCGGACGAGGACGAUGAAGAUCCGCUGAGAGGGACUCAGCUCCUUCCAACUCAUAAUACUCAGGCCACUAAAGGAAACAAGCCGACGACGCGUAUGACGGAUGUUUGGGAUGAGCAAGAGGAGCUCUUUGGGAUUGGAGAUAACAGUGAUGAUGAUGAACCUCCACGAGGGACUGGCGCUGGCGCUCAGCCGGGGAACGUAGUUGUUCCAAAAAUAUUCGUCACUCCCUCGUAACCAUCUAUCGAAUGUAUGGGUAAAUUAUUGGCUCGUGGAUGGACACCACAAGUAUAAUGAUUGUAAUUGGCACAAUAGUUAUAGAUUACCUUUGCAUCGAGAAUCUAUCGAUUUUAGGUCGUCGGACAAUUUGGCUAGUUCUUCAGCAACCUCGCCGAUUUCUUGGUUCCUCUUUUCUAUCAGGGCGCUUAAUCCACUACAACCCUUGUCUGCAACAGCAACCACCUUCUCCAACACAAUGUUGUCCAAGGUUUUCUGAUCAACUGUGGUCAAGUAAUUUCACCCUUUAUUUUGAGUGGGACAUACUUUCAAGUCCCUUUCCAGACCAUCAACCACUCGAUGCCAAUCCUCCCACCACCGCUGCUUUGCCUUUUCCCAAUGCCCAACACCCCAACGCACACCGAGAAGAGUUAUCAGAGCCCCGGCGCCCAUAGC